AUGGACGACUACGCGCUGCAAAGCGAGCUGGAGGCCAUGGCUGGUAACGCUGGCAUGUCGAUGACGAACGACGAAGGCCAGACUGCAGAAGGCAUCGGAAAGACAAUGGCUCGCUGGCAGAAGCUGUUCAAGCUAGAGCCAGACGAUGCUGUUGAGCGGAUCAUGGAACACCGCCAGGAUCUUACUCGUAUGCGGAUGUCCGACGACCAUUGGGAAACAGUCCGCAACGAGGCGGAAAGCCAUGGCCAUGAUCGAGAGUCUUACGAGUACGAGCUUGAGCUACAGAAGAAGAGAGCUCUCCUGCCAGAUCUCAUGUCUGUCGCUGGAGGUCCAGCAGAUGAUAGGAUGACAUACCUUGUUGAGCUGAGCGGGCCUCUGGCCACACGUAGUGAUGUUCAGAGGGCCGCCGGCCUCGAGCAUGAGCCGGCACUGGUCAAAGGAAGGAAUGUGGAAGACGAGAGACGUGUCUAUCUUUGUUGCAUCGAUGGCAAGGCGAAGAUGGCUAUACUCACGUGGGCCACGGGGUAUCGAAGGAGACCGUUUCCGAGGUAUGCAUCACUCUCCCAACUCCUUCUCAACCCCAGCGGGAAUCUCGAAGUCAAAGAGGAUCCUGUCGCCAUACCCUGCAUCAGGCGCGGACGUGUCAGUAUUCGCGACCAGACAUUCAGGUCGGACACCGUCAUGCCACAAGUCCAGACUUACAAACUCAACCCAACAAAGCUCAUCCCAAACUCACCAUACCCGCUACUACACUACCCAGGUCUCCUAGCAGACAUAGCAGACUGCAACGCUGGCGAAGUCUACGAACUUUUCACUGGCAAUGGUUGGGAACCACAGUGGAUCUACCGCUACGGACCGACGCAAGUCUCACAUUAUCACAGCCAUGCACACGAAUGCAUGGCUGUGCUCACUGGACACGCUACCAUUCGUUUUGGCGUAGCAGACACUAGCGAUGACCUCGAAGCUAGCACAAACGGCGCGGCGCACGAAGAUGGCGGUGUCGAGAUAGAAGCAAAAGCUGGAGAUGUUUUCCUGCUUCCUGCUGGUGUCUCGCACAAGACAUAUCGUACUAAUCCUCCAGCUGAGUUUAAGCUGAUGACGCCUGGGGAUGGCCAUCAUAUCGCUGCGGACGAUCCAAAAAAAGCACUGUCGGAGAUUGAACUGUCCGGUUUCACCAUGCUUGGCGCUUAUCCAAAGGGCAGCGCCUGGGACUCUUGCUCGGGCGGCGAGCAUGCGGAUCAGAUGCAGAGUGUGUGGGAUGUCGAGAAGCCUCAGCUGGACCCAGUACUUGGUGAUGCGCGGGAGGGUAUCCGUGGACUAUGGAACUGA